GAGGCGGCGGCCCUGGCGUCGCCGCGGGGGGGAGCCCGGCCGUGGGGCUGGGCCCACUCCGCCGGCGCGGCCCUGCUGCUGGGCGCGCUGGUGGCCUGCCGGCAAGCUGCCGUCGACGCGCAGGCCGUGCCGCCGUCCCGCCUGCCGCGUGACCAGCGGCCCAAGGGGUCGAAGAGGGUUCGAGGGGGCCAGAUCGCCCAACGGCUCUUCAGCCUUCGCUUCCGCCACUUCUGGGACUACACCUACAACCCCCGCACCUACUUCGCGAGACCGUGGAAGAAGAAGGAUGUCGGCUACGCGAUCUUCAUCGGUGCGGUGCACCUCGGUGCCGUCGCGGCUCCGUUCCACCUCACCAGGGACGCGUUCCUCGUCUUCCUGGCUGGGUAUAUGGUGACCGCGUUGGGCAUCACCUUGUCCUACCACCGGCAGCUGGCCCACCGUUCCUUCACCACGCCCAAGCUGCUGGAGUACGCUUUCGCCUACUGCGGCGCACUGGCGCUCCAAAGCCACCCGAUCAAUUGGGUGUCCUCGCACCGGCACCACCACGGGUCCACGGAGCAGGAGAACGACGUUCACUCGCCGCUGGACGGCUUCUGGUGGUCCCACAUGGGGUGGCUGUUGGACGUAGAAGGCACGUGGAUGCGUGCCAACAAGUCGAACUGUUUGGACCUUUCCAAACAAUGGUUCUAUCGCCACUUGCAGAGGUACUACGUUUUGCACGCGAUCGUGCUGCCGAUUGCCGGUCUGUAUGCCCUUGGCGGUCUGCCGUUCGUGUUAUGGGGCUUCUUCGCGCGGGUAGCCUGGGUGUGGCACGUGACCUGGGCGGUGAAUUCCGUCAGCCACGUCUGGGGCUUCAAGGAUUGGAACACGCCGGACAAUUCGAUGAACAACUGGUUGGUCGCAAUCUUCGCCUUUGGCGAGGGCUGGCACAAUAACCACCACGCCUUCGAGAAUUCGUGCCGCCAUGGGCUAAAGUGGUGGCAGUUCGACAUCACGUGGUAUAUCAUCAAACUCCUGAGUUAUGUUGGUCUCGCAAGCGACCUCAAGUAUCCCUCCCCGAGCAAGGUCAAGAAGCUGACAUUCGCCGCUACUUGA